AUGCUCUCAUGUGGCUCCCUGUUAUCGCUCCCGAUCAGUGACCUCGUACGUAUGCAUACACGGGACGUGCCCUUGUGGGUAUAAGUAGCGGACAGUCUUGCCUUGGGUGGAACAGCGUAUCCCUCCCACCCCGGACCAUAUAUCAACUCAAACAUGUCGUUGCCGUGCAUUGAAGUCGCAGAAACACCGUCCACAGAGGCCUUCCUCGCGAAUCCGAAGGACAAGAGCCUCGUACAGCCAGCGCUUGAUCUGCUCAAGAACUCGAAAGGCAUUGUCAAGAGCUACUAUGGUCUCCAGUCUGAGGAGGAAAAGCAUUUCUAUGUGUACAACGUCUGGGAGAGGCUGCAGGACCACGAGAACCUUCAGGCAGAUGCGGUCAACUACCCAAUUCUCCAGCAGCAUUGCUUGAAAGUGAUGGCAGGCGCGCCGAACGUGAUCCACAUCCAACCUGCGGCGGAGCCUUACAAGGCGCUCAGUGCUCCCACGACCGAGCUUGGGUUCAUCACCAUUAAGCCCGGAGUUUCGAAGGCAACAGUCGAGGCGAAGACGAAGGAGCUUGUUGCGAAUGCGAACAAGCUUCCCGCAGAGUGGGGCGUGAUUUCUGCCGUGUGGGGCCGUGUUGUUGAGAAGGACGACACUUUAGCUCUGGUCAUCGGAUGGACGUCGGUGGAGCAACACUGGAAGACGGUGUCAACGGUGCCAGAGGUUGUCGCGCAACUGGAUGAUAUGCGCAAGGUAGCAGACAUCGCGCUCACCCAUUCGGAGCUGUCUGAGUGGAAGUAACGGAGAGGCUGGUGGGCCGUUGUAGGCUUCUCAGGAAGUGACUCGAGAGUA